AUGUUACACCAAGCCUGGCAGCUCUAUGGGAGGUGGUGCCGUUGGUCCAGUCCUUUUAUCCACCUCCUCACGCUGGCUGUGGUGACAUUCGGUGUGCUCGCACCUUUGAUUUGCCACCGGCUCCUCCACUCUUACUUCUAUCUGCGGCGCUGGCACCUGAACCCCAUGAGCCAGCAGUUCCUGGAGCAGAACCAGCAGGAGGGCCAGGCUGCCCUGCAUUACUUUGAGAAGCUGCAAAUACCAAAUGCCUCCAAGCCCGCUGGCAGUGACGCUUUCCAGCCGUUGCUGCUGGUCACCAUUAUCACUGUGCAGAGGCGGAAUGAUUUCCACUACGUCUUGCAAGUGGCCUCCCGCUUCCACAGCCUCCUGCAGAAAUGUGGUGCCCGUUGCAGGAGCCACCGCAUCCUCCUCUGUAAUGUGGAGUCAGACCCCAGCAGCCAUCAGGAUGUCAGGCUGCUAAGCAGCUUCUUUCGUGUGGUGAGUCGUGACAAAGCUGGUGAGGAUCCUGACCCCGGAGUGAACCAGUUUGAGAAGGAGAAGCAGGACUAUGUCUUCUGCCUCGAGCAGUCACUGUUGGCAUACAACCCCGAAUACGUCCUCAUAGUGGAAGAUGACGCUGUGCCAGAGGAGGAGAUUUUCCCUGUCUUGCAGCACCUCCUGUUGGCCCGGUUCUCCAAGGGGCCCGUGCGGAGCUGUGCGUGCUCCCGGGCGGCUGGGCGCGCCAGCCCCGGCUGGCCCGUCGUCCUGUUCUUUGCCGUGUACAGCAUGGCCCUGGCGGAGCUGGUGGGCCGGCACUACGUGCUGGAGCUGCGCCGCCUGGCCCCCGCCCUGUACAACGUCGUGCCCGUCACCGAGUGCUGCACGCCCGCCAUGCUCUUCCCUGCUCCCUCUGCCCACCGUGCCUUGGGCUACCUGAAGGGGCUGCGCUGCCGACAGGGCUUCGCCAAGGAUACUGCCCUCUACUCGCUGCUGCACACCAAGGGGGAGAACGCCUACGUGGUGGAGCCCAACCUGGUCCGGCACGUGGGAAUGUAUUCCAGCCUUCGGCUGAACGACAACCCGAAACUGCUGUGA